CUGGGUUGUACAGUUCACAGAGAAGCCAAGGGACACCAUUACCCCAGGACUGUAACCUGUGCAGAGAGACACCAGCCGCCGGUCUCCGUGGCUUUCUCAGUUUGCAGGGAUGAUGGAGAAGGAAGAAUGCAGCCCCUUGCUGCCUCAGGACACCACUGGCCGAGAGCACCCGCCCACCAGGAACAGUCCACCUAUUGCAAAUGUUCCGGGUCCAGCGCUCCAGGAGAACCAGAAAGGGGCCUGGGGCUGCAGAUGCUGUCCUGGAGCAAAGCGCCAGGCCCAGUGGGAAGGCCAGGCCUCCUCCCUCCCCCUGUCUACAGGGAGCAGCUGUGUCAAGUAUAUGAUUUUCCUCUCUAACUUCCUCUUCUCCCUGCCGGCUCUGCUGGCCCUAGCUGCAGGGCUCUGGGGCCUGGCUCUUAAAAGGUCUCAGGGGAGUGGUUGGGGCGGACCCCUGCCAACAGACCCCAUGCUGGUGCUGGUACUAGGAGGCUUGGCAGUCAGUGUGGUGAGCCUGUCUGGAUGUCUGGGUGCUUUCUGUGAAAACAGCUGCCUACUGCACUGUUACUCUGGGGCCGUCCUCUUUUGUCUGGCACUGGAAGCCCUGGCAGGGGUUCUAGUGGUGACCCUCUGGGACCCACUGCAGGACAGCCUGAGGUAUACACUGCGUGAGGCCAUCAUUCACUACUGGGAUGACCCAGACCUACAUUUCCUCCUCGACCAAGUCCAGCUGGGGCUGCGAUGCUGUGGGGCAGGAUCCUACCAGGACUGGCAACAGAACCGGUACUUUAACUGCAGCUCCCCCGGGGUUGCAGCCUGCAGCCUUCCUGCCUCCUGCUGCAUCACCCCCCAGGAAGAUGGCGCUGUAGUGAACACUCAGUGUGGUUUUGGGGUAUUGCACCUGGACCAGAAUGUGGCUGGACAAGCAGUAUACCUGCAGGGCUGCUGGCCUGCGCUGCAAGAAUGGCUGCGGGGGAGCAUUGGUGCCAUAGGUGGCUGUGCUGUCGCUGUUGUCAUGAUCCAAGGGACUGAACUCCUGUUGGCCGCCUGCCUGCUAAGGGCCCUAGCUGCCCACAAGGCAGCAGGGGACACAGAACCGGGCCCUUUGUGAGCUGUUGGCACCACCCUGCCUCCGAGCAGAGCUGAGAAGACUGCAGACUGAGUUCCAAACUUCGCCCCCCACCUUCCAAGGAAGGUGACAGACCCCUGGGCCUCCACUCCUGGCCCUGGCUUCUUUGCUACAUCUGUGCUCAGUCCCCAAGAGUCACCUAGAUGACCUCUGUGCUGCUCCAAUUUUACAAUUUCACUCCUGAUUUCUCAGGACCCAGCUAAGCUCAUGGUUGUCUUUUGCAAAGGCCACCCUGGUGAUCUGUGCCCGCUAGGAGCAGGGGCCAGGGCUGGGGUCCUUCCCAUCCCAGCCACCUUCGCUGAUCUGUGUCUUGCAGACUGGCUCUGGGUCCCCAUUUCAUCACUACUGGCUUCUCGUGGGUCUCCUCUUGCUUUCUGAUCUUUGGUUUAGAUGCAGGGUAACGCCCAGGGCAUACCCUAUAGUAGGAGGAAGACGUAUUGGUGUGUCCUUCAUAUUUGUAUAGUAAACUACAGAUCUCACAAUGACUGGGACUGUCUUUCCAGAAUCAAAAUGGAGACAAUUCCUAGUUUGCCAGCUCGGAGGUUAUGUGUAGCGUUGACACGGUUAGUUUGUGGAGUCUUUUUAUUUUUCUGUUAGAGCCUCACGUAUUGCAGGCUAUGCUUGGACCCCCUAUAUAGCUCAGGAUGACCCAUCUUCAGCACGCUCCUGUCUCCAGCUCUCCAGUGCUUGGAUUACAAGUGUGUACCACCAUGCCCAGGGGGAACUUCUGAAAGCCAUUUUCUGGACAUGCCCAAAGAAUAAACGUGUACCCGAUG